ACAGUACUAAAGCUUUUAAUAACAUCAUUAUUAAUUUGAUUAAAGCGUUACUUCAAUUGAGUAUAAUUGAUUAGUUUUGACGUUUUAUUAUCCUCAAAAGUCAUUGUUAUUUAUUUUGGUCCAUUUCAUUUAACUGUCUUCACUUUGCCUUCCACCCCACAUCAAUCCCUUAAGAUUUAAUAUAUUCUUUGCCUUCGUAUAAAUAUACAGUCAUACCCAAGUAUAAAUAUUAUUAAUAUUAAAUAUCAAAUAAAGCAAUUAAAAUCAUGACUAAAGGUGCCUGUAUUGCUGGUGUAAAGAUUAUUGGUGUAGCUUCAUUAGGGUUACUAACCACUUCAUUGACUUAUCAAUCAAUUGAAACAAUUCCAUUAAUAAUAAAUGAUUUAAUUAAAUCAGUUAAUCCUUUAAGCAAUGGAUCAGUUAUUUCAAAUAAAUUGGAUAGUAUUAGAUCUAUUAUUUUAAAUUCAAGAUUAUUGAAUUUAGCAUUUUCUGGUUUAACUUUUGCUUUUUUUACUAUGGGUUAUCACUAUAGUGAUCCAAGUGGGAAACAUCCUUAUCUUUUAUAUGCUGCUUUUGGAGCUCCUUUAACUAUAGGCUCAGUUUAUUAUCAAGCUUAUAAGUAUGAAGAGAAGAUUUUAAAAUUACAACAGGAAACUAAGGCAAAGAAAAUCUCCAAGCAGAAGAAAUCGCAAUCACAUAAAGAAAAGCACCCACAAUCAGUUGUAAAGUCAGAAGUUCCCUCAAUUCAAACCCCACAAACUAAGUCUGUUGAGUCUUCGGCUGUUGAUAUUCAAUCAGAAAAUGAUCAUGAACAACAUGAUGAUUUAGGAAAAUCUUAUAUUUAUGUGUCUGAUGGUUCAUCUUCUGCAUCUUCGGUUAGCUCUACUCCAAAUGCAUCUGUUCCAAAUUCUCCACAGGUUACUCACCAAACUGGUGAUGAAGAAAUAAAUGACGAGUCUCAGCAUAAACAACAAGAACAACAAGAAGAAACUUUAGAAAAACAAGACAAUGAACCAAAAGAAGAUAGUAGCGAAUCAAUUGAUAAUGAAAUUGAAGUCGCAUUAACUAAGAAAGAAUUUAUUAAGGACUUACAAGAACUUAAAUCUUCUUAUAUUAUUGGUAGUACAAUCUCAGGAUUUUCACUUUUCAUUGCUACUAUUGGUUUAAUUGGGGAUUAUUAUUUAUUAUGAAUUAGUUAGGAUCCAACUAUUCCAUUGUGCAAAUUUCUACAAGGUAACUUGUGUGAAGUUCUCUCUUAUAUAUAAAAUUUAUUAGUUUUUAUCAAAUUUAUUGGUAUAAUCGGGAAAAGAUAUUCAGGUAUUUUUCUUGUUACAUUUUUAUGAAUUGAUUAUUGUUCUACUUUUGGUGUUUAGUUAUUCUAUCUUUUUUAUAUCAUACUAGUU